ACAUUACAGCGCUUGGAUUCAGGAAACCGACAUAGUUGCGUUUUAAUCAUCUGCAUUGAUUGUGUUGGUUGGGAAAAGAUAAACCAAUCUUCUCCCAAAUAUGUCCAAAAGACACCGUUUGGAUUUGGGUGAUGACUACACCUCCAGCAAGAAGAGGUCUGAUGGGAGAGACCGGGACCGUGACAGAGACCGUGAGGACCGUUCCAGGGACCGGGAUCGAGACAGAGAUCGAGACAGGGACAGAGACCGGGACAGGGACUCRAAGCCUUAUGCUGCUCCCUCUAAUAGCAUGGCAUCUGUGCCGAGCUUACCACCUCUCAAGCAGAUGGCUAUGCAGCAGCAGAUCAACCCUUUCACCAACCUGCCACACACGCCGCGCUACUAUGAGAUCCUGAAGAAGAGGUUACAGCUCCCAGUGUGGGAGUACAAAGAAAGCUUUAAUGAUAUCAUUACACGYCAACAGAGCUUUGUCCUUGUGGGAGAGACAGGCUCUGGGAAGACAACACAGAUCCCACAGUGGUGUGUAGACAUGGUCAGAGCCCUGCCUGGUCCAAAGCGGGCAGUCGCUUGUACUCAGCCGAGAAGGGUGGCUGCCAUGAGUGUGGCUCAAAGGGUGGCAGAUGAAAUGGAUGUCAUGCUUGGACAGGAAGUUGGUUACUCCAUCAGAUUUGAGGACUGUAGUUCUGCUAAGACUAUACUAAAGUACAUGACAGACGGUAUGUUACUGAGAGAGGCAAUGAACGACCCUCUGCUGGAACGAUACGGUGUGAUCAUUCUGGACGAGGCACACGAGAGAACUCUUGCCACAGAUAUCUUGAUGGGCGUGCUGAAGGAAGUGGUUCGCCAAAGACCAGAUUUGAAGGUGAUCGUGAUGAGUGCCACACUGGAUGCUGGGAAGUUUCAGGUGUAUUUUGACAACUGCCCUCUGCUGACAAUCCCUGGACGCACACAUCCUGUAGAAAUCUUUUACACCCCUGAGCCAGAGCGGGACUACCUUGAGGCAGCGAUUCGCACYGUCAUCCAGAUUCAUAUGUGUGAGGAGGACGAAGGUGACUGCCUGUUGUUCCUCACAGGCCAGGAGGAAAUUGACGAAGCCUGCAAGAGAAUCAAGCGUGAGGUUGAUGACCUCGGUACCGAAGUCGGAGAUAUCAAAAUCAUUCCACUGUAUUCCACACUGCCCCCACAACAGCAGCAGAGGAUUUUUGAACCGCCGCCUCCAAGGAAGCCAAACGGUGCGAUAGGAAGAAAGGUGGUCGUUUCAACUAAUAUUGCUGAGACCUCUCUAACAAUCGAUGGUGUCGUGUUUGUCAUUGAUCCUGGGUUUGCCAAACAGAAGGUGUACAACCCUCGUAUCCGAGUGGAGUCUUUGCUAGUCACGGCCAUCAGUAAAGCUUCUGCCCAGCAGAGGGCAGGUCGAGCUGGCAGAACACGUCCAGGGAAAUGUUUCCGCCUCUACACAGAGAAAGCAUACAAAACAGAGAUGCAGGAUAACACAUAUCCUGAGAUUCUUCGGUCCAACUUAGGAUCCGUUGUGCUGCAGCUGAAAAAGCUGGGUAUCGAUGAUCUUGUCCACUUUGACUUCAUGGAUCCACCAGCUCCUGAGACGCUGAUGAGAGCACUUGAGCUGCUGAAUUAUCUUGCAGCUCUCAAUGACGACGGUGACCUGACGGAGCUGGGCUCCAUGAUGGCAGAAUUUCCUCUGGAUCCUCAGCUGGCGAAAAUGGUCAUUGCGAGCUGCGAGUUUAACUGCUCCAAUGAGAUCCUCUCCAUCACUGCCAUGCUGUCAGUCCCACAGUGUUUCGUUCGGCCCACGGAGGCUAAGAAGGCAGCAGAUGAGUCCAAGAUGAGGUUCGCUCACAUUGACGGAGACCACUUGACGCUGCUCAACGUCUACCAUGCCUUCAAACAAAACCACGAAUCUAACCAGUGGUGCUAUGACAACUUUGUCAACUACCGUUCCCUGAUGUCUGCUGACAAUGUGCGUCAGCAGCUGUCCAGGAUCAUGGACCGCUUCAGCUUGCCUCGGAGAAGCACAGAGUUCACCAGCAGAGAUUACUACAUCAACAUCCGACGAGCGCUCUGCACCGGCUUCUUCAUGCAGGUUGCUCAUUUGGAGCGCACGGGCCAUUACCUCACCGUCAAAGACAACCAAGUGGUCCAGCUGCACCCAUCUACUGUCCUAGACCACAAGCCUGAGUGGGUGCUCUACAAUGAAUUUGUCCUCACCACCAAGAACUACAUCCGCACUUGCACAGACAUCAAACCAGAGUGGCUGGUGAAGAUUGCACCCCAGUACUACGACAUGAGUAACUUUCCACAAUGUGAAGCUAAACGACAGCUGGAGCGAAUUGUUGCCAAGCUGGAGAGCAAAGAGUAUUCUCAGUACUGAACAAUAGACAAGAAGUGUUCUGAAAAACAACCGCAUAUUAUAGUUUUAGGUCUUUCUGUAUCUCUGUAUCUUCAUGUUAAACAGUUGGCUUUUUGAUUUUUACAAGUUGUUUUCUUUUGCCUUUCCCCGUCAAUGUCAUUUCUGUAAGUAGGUGUCAUAAUGUCAGAUGAACUCUCAGCAGCAGUUAUUAGACYCCAGCUAAUACGAUUUUUCAAAAGAAAUGAUCAGAAACGGGUCAUAAAAAACGUGGUUAGAUUUCCAUCAAAGUUUGGAGCUGAAACAAAAUUUGUGCUUGCUUUGUUUCUUUAAUAAAGGAGCUUUGACUUUA